AUGAUUAACCUCGUUUUCUCAGAGCUGUCCAGGUCCCGGGUGGCCGAGCAUUGGGGAAGCCGAAUCAGUUCCAUAGCGGCUGCCGGUGGCCUCCAGCUGAAGCACAAGUGGACGUUGGAGGCCGCCGGGCUGAAGGACGGCGACACCGUCUUUGCGACCCUCCGGCGCCCGGCGCUCUACUCGAGCCCAGGGGCAUCGGCCGUCGCCCUCGUUCACAGCGACGGCUCGGUCAGGGUUUGGGGCGAUUCGGCCUAUGGUGGCGACUGCAGCGCUGUCCAAGAGAAGCUCCGGGAUGUCCAGGAAGUGAGGGUGAGUACUGGCGCCUGUGCCGCCAUUCUCGCCGACGGGAGUGUGGUGACUUGGGGGGACGACCUGUCCGGCGGGGACAGCGCGGCCGUCCAGGAGAAGCUACAGGAUGUGGUCGAGCUCUUUGCCUUUCGCUGCGCCUUCGCUGCGAUCCUCGCGGAUGGCAGCGUGGUUAGUUGGGGCGAGGCGGCUUCAAGGGGAGACAGCCGGACGAUCGAGGCACAGCUCAGAAACGUCCAGGUGAUCAGUGCGACGAGAUCUGCCUUUGCUGCACUGCUCACAGAUGGGAGCGUGGUAGCCUGGGGCGAUGUGGCCUGUGGUGGUGACGCUCGCCAUGUGCAGGAGCGCCUCACAAAUGUCCGACACAUCGAGGCCUCUGAAAGGGCCUUUGCUGCGAUCCUGGCUGACGGAGGCAUCGUCACCUGGGGCGACGCAGCAUCGGGCGGGGAUUCUUCCAAGGUGCAGCACUCUUUAAAGGCCGUGCUGCGCCUGAAGGCUUCAGAUGCCGCCUUUGCUGCCCUACUAUCGAAUGGUCGGGUGGUUACCUGGGGAGAUCCCGGCUGCGGCGGAGAUAGUUCUGCUGUCUUCGAUAGCCUCGAGGACGUGCAGCACAUCGAAGUCUCCUCUCGCGCUUUCGCAGCCGUGCGCGCAGAUGGCAGCGUGGUUACUUGGGGAGAUGCGAUGUUUGGUGGAGACAGCCAUGGUGUGCAGCACCAGCUCAUGAAGGUCCAGCAGGUCCAAGCCUCAAGGGCCGCCUUCGGCGCUUUGCUGGCGGACGGCGGGGUGGUCACCUGGGGUAGCCCAUGGCCCUGGUUCGGCUCCCGAAGUGCCGCGGUGCGCGAACACUUGCAGGAUGUCAUGCAGAUACAGGCUUUCCGCCUGGGCUUCGCGGCGCUUCGAUCGGAUGGACAGGUUGUGAUUUGGGGAGCCGGUAAUCCUUGCAUCGGCGACCUGCCUCGAGAAGAGUUUCGCCACUUUGCCAGCACGCGCCGAGCUUGCUUGCGGGCAGCUGGGCCAGCUGAUGAGCACGGCAGCGCAGCCGAGGUACGUUGA